AUGUUUCUGUUCCUUCCAGUUUCCUGACAGACAUGCCGGUCAUGAGGACAUUAACGCGUGCAGUGAAGCAUGCAUUGCAGAGCCCCGCGUGUGGGUGUCAGACCGUCACAUCCGUGCGCUUCAUUGGCUUCUCGCCUCGUCAGGUGCCAUCUGACGCCAGCUUCCAUUCUGUGUCCUUCUCAGAAGCCGACCAUCCCCGGGUGCUGAUCACUGGAGGAUUGGGUCAGCUGGGUGUCGGAUUGGCAAAACUGCUUAGGAAAAGCUUCGGGAAAAACAAUGUGAUCCUCUCCGAUAUCCGCAAACCCCCCGACAGCGUCUUCUAUAGCGGUCCGUUCAUCUACUCCGACAUUCUGGACUACAAGAACCUCCGGGAAAUCGUGGUGAAUAAUCGCAUCACCUGGUUAAUCCACUACAGCGCGCUGCUCAGUGCCGUCGGCGAGGCGAAUGUCGCUUUGGCCAGAUCGGUCAAUAUCACCGGUUUACACAAUAUUCUGGACAUUGCGGCAGAACACGGGUUGCGGCUCUUUGUCCCGAGCACGAUCGGAGCCUUUGGACCGACCUCACCGAGGGACCCGACUCCCGACCUGUGUAUACAGAGGCCGAGGACCAUCUACGGGGUUUCCAAAGUCCAUGCGGAGCUGAUGGGAGAGUAUUAUCACUACCGGUAUGGAUUGGACUUCCGGUGCCUCCGAUACCCGGGGAUCAUUUCUGCCGACUCGCAGCCAGGAGGAGGCACAACCGACUACGCCGUCCAGAUCUUCCACGACGCCAUCAAAACCGGGCGGUUCAUCUGCAACCUGAAGCCGGACACGCGCCUGCCCAUGAUGUACAUUGACGACUGUCUGAGGGCCACGAUGGAGGUGCUGGAGGCCCCGUCCGAAUCCCUCACCAUGAGGACCUACAACAUCAACGCCAUGAGCUUCAGCCCCAACGAGCUGGCGCAGGAGGUGCGCAAACACCUACCCGAGCUGGAGGUCGGCUACGACGUGGACCCGGUACGGCAAGCCAUCGCGGAGAGUUGGCCAAUGAACUUUGAUGACGACAACGCUCGCAAGGACUGGAGCUGGAAACCCGAAUACGACCUCCCGGAGCUGGUGACGACGAUGCUGGAGAACAUGAACAACGAACGCCUGGCCGUCCAAGCCAACUGAGACCAAUUCUGACCACCAUUGACGCCAGCCCGUGUCAGUGCACGGUGUGCAGAGCUUGCAUGUUCUGGAUGGAAGACAUGUGUAGACCACGGUGCAGGCCCCCCACAUGUGUGUGUACAAAGCUUUCAUUGGUUAGGAGCGGCGAGGUGUGAAUCCACGGAUGGAGCAUUACUUGAAAUUUUCUGUUUUCAGGGUCAAU